UUAUUCUUCUCCACCGGCACCGUGAGAGAUUUUCAAAUCACGCACAAAGCACCGUCGUCUCUGUGUUCUCUUGCCUCAUGGCGGUAGCUUUCUGCUUGCGAUCCCUUGUGUUCACGCCUGCCUGAUUGUCGCCAUACCUGUCGCUGACCCUGCAUCGCGCGGCUUCCUCCAAUGGCCAAGUCAUCCUUCGCACCCCCGCCUCACACGUCCUUAUCUCUGUGCUUCCUGCUGCACCUCACAAACAUCCCCUUUCCUUUUGACUUUUACUUCUGACCUCUUGUCUACUGUCGAACAUGCGCCAUUUUCCAACUUUACCGUUUGCUUUUUGCGUGGCUGUUCAAUCGCUAGCCUUGACCUCAGCCUCGUUCUCACCCUGGUCUUUGCUUUCGUCACAGUCGCGACUUGGCGACCAUGGACCGCACGUAGAGCAUCACUCUCCACUUCACCCCUCCUUCGACUCGUUUGUCGACCGUCUGAUGCAAGACUGGCACAUACCCGGUCUUGCCAUUGCCGUUGUCCAUGAGAAUCAGACGUGGUUCAAGGGCUAUGGUUACGCGACUUUGCCAGACGUACCGUUUACCCCGUAUACCCUUUUCCAGGCUGCUUCAACAACAAAGUCGUUCACCGCUUCGCUUGCCGCUAUCUUGAUUGAAAGUGCGGAAGAUCUCGCCUGGGACACCCCUUUGCAUGACAUUGUCGGCAACGACUUUGUUCUUAAGGACGACUAUCUUACCACCCACUUGACUUUCCUUGAUGCCAUGUCUCAUCGGACUGGAAUGCCCAGACAUGAUGCAUUGUGGUAUGAUCGAGGAUUAGACGUCGAGAGUCAGACUUAUCUUAUGCGCCAUCUCGAUACCAGUGCAAGCUUCAGAACAGUCUUUCAAUACUGCAACCUCAUGUUCACAGCAGUCUCACAUGUUCUUCAGUCCAUUACGGGAAGACCCCAUGCAGAUCUGCUGCGCCAAUGGAUCUUUAAGCCCCUGGGGAUGAACUAUUCCUACUACUCCUUGGAAGACGCUGCAACCUGCCAGAAUUCUGAUUCUCGGUGUACGUUAGCAGAUAGCUAUGCCUGGAACAAGAAAACAGGCUGCUUCAAGAAAUGGUCACUGGACCUAUCCAAUCCUCCAAACGGAGCCGGAGGCAUCAUCUCUAAUGUUGUUGACUACAGCAAGUGGAUACGGGCCUUGAUGUACGAGUCUGGUCCGGUUUCCAAAGAAGGACAAGCCAUAAUGAAGUACCCCUUGUCAUUCCUGGGAGCAGAAACAUCACCAUAUGCAGGACCUGGUUGGUAUGGAUUAGGCAUCGAAGGGGGAAUAUAUCGCAACGAAAAGGUAUUCUCGCACAACGGUGGCAUCAGUGCCUAUGCAUCCACGUUCAAAUUCUUGCCCGACCGCAAGUUCGGCGUGGUGGUUUUCCAGAACGCUCAGAACAAUGCUAUGGAGGCCAUCGCAUGGCGAUUGAUCGACGAGUUUCUGGGUGUUCCAGAAGACGAGUUUUAUGACAUGAACAAGACGCAACACGAGGUCGCAAAGAAAUAUGAAGAACAGCUCGAGUCACUCCCGUCCAAGCUCUACCCGAGUGUUCCUUCCAUCCCCGUGAAACCUCAACUGCCUUUGCAGAACUACACGGGAGUCUACGUGAAUGCGGCGUAUGAAAAUUUCAGUGUUACUCUCGAAGCGCCUGCAGCCUUGCUAGACAAGUCAGAAAUCGAAGAGUCAGGCUCUGCCGGGUUGCCUCUCUAUGCGACAUCAAGAGGUGGGACAGUUUUGUUCACAUUUAGACAUGUUUCUUCAGAGCACUGGCUUCUGGAGAUGCGCAUGGUGAUUUAUGGCUCGAAAGGAGCAGAUGACUACAAGAAAGCAAAGUUCGAGAUUGGACCGGAUGGCGUAGUUCAAAGACUCGGGGUGGUUAUGGAGGCAGCCAUUUCUGGAGACAAGGCAUGGGCUUGGUUUGACAGAUCCAAGUGACAGCUGCCUUGGUAAUCGAGUGUCUGUCCGAGUGCUAUGAUUCAGAUUGGGCGCAGGUAUGGAAGAAUACAAAGAAUACAAGAGCAAAGUCGAGUUUGAAACAAGCGCGCCUUUCACAUGUCUGGCCUGAUACGUCACAUUGAGAUUCGGUGGAGGGGCGCCAAGACAGCCUUUGCGUGGCCUGGCAAUAAUUUACCAAGUGAAC